AUGUUACUUCUGUUAGUAACUGGCCAACGAAGGCAAUUCAUCCACCUACUAUCAUUAAAUAGAAUACAAUUGACAUCCCAGACUGCCUAUCUGUCACUAGGUGAACACACUAAGAGAAGCAGACCCAACAACGCAACAUCUGCAGUAACGACUACUGAAUUUACUCCUGACAGUAGAAUAUGUCCUUUCACAACACUGAAAGCUUAUAUGAAGAAGACAGAAACACUACGGAAUAGAGAAAACAAACUGUUCACAAGUUUCAUAAAACCUAACAAGGCUGUGUCAAGAGACACUAUUUCCAGGUGGACAAAGCAGGUUUUAACAAACUCUGGUAUAGACACAAAAAUUUUUACUUCAUACAGUACAAGAGCUGCCUCAGCAACAAAGGCCUAUCAAAAAGAAAUCCCUCUAGAUACCAUACUGAACACAAUUGGUUGGGAAUCAGCUAAAACAUUCCAGAAAUAUUAUCAUAAACCGGUG